UUUUUUUACCUCGCCCACGCGCAGGGGCUGCUCAGAAAAUGGUGCGGCACAACAAUGUGGUGCCCAACCAGCACUUCCACAAGACGCUGUGGCAGGACCACGUCAAGACGUGGUUCGACCAGGCCGCGCGCAAGAAGCGCAGGCGCUUGAAGCGCGCUGCCAAGGCGGCUGCUGUCGCGCCGCGGCCCGUCGGCUUGCUGCGUCCAGCGGUGCACCCGCCGACCAACAAGUACAACUACAAGCUGCGGCAGGGCCGCGGCUUCACCUUCGCGGAGCUGAAGGAGGCGGGGAUCAACAAGAAGCAGGCGCGGUCCAUCGGCGUUGCCGUCGACCACCGCAGGCGGAACCGCUCUGCCGAGUCGCUGCAGCUCAACUCGCAGCGGCUCAAGGAGUACAAGGCGGCGCUGAUUGUCUUCCCGAAGAAGCGCAACAAGGUCAAGGCGGGCGACUCGAGCAAGGAGGAGAUCGCCUCCGCCGUCCAGACCAAGGUCAAGGGCAUCCUCAAGAUGCCCGAGCUGCCGAAGGGCGAGGAGGCGAUGGUGAUCACCGACGAGAUGAAGUCGGACGACGUCUUCCACAAGCUGCGCUUGCUCCGCGCCGAGGCGAAGGAGUGAUGUCGCUUCCCCGUCUGUUGUGCCUCGCCGCCCGUCGCCGUGGGACGGCCCCCCUCGCCCAGCGCCCCCUUCCCUCUCCUGCCUGCCGUCGACGACGACGACAGCGUCAUGCGGUGUCCUGCUUGCGCGCCCAGAGAGUCGGGCACUCAGAGAGGGGGGGGGGGUCGUUGGUGAAUCCACCCGUCGUUUUUACUUUGUUGUUGUAUCGCGUUCGCGGUCCGU